GUCGAACGUUAUCAGAACUCCAAAUUCAGCUAACCACCUCCGCGUCCUUUUUGUUAACCUGAGUUAUACUUUCUGAGUUAUGUUAAUGUUUUAUUUCCACGUGUUCCACUACUUGUCUGAAAAAUGUAUCUGAGCCUGUAACUUUGCACAUUAUAGGAUAUGCAAUAAUUUGAGGGAAGGUAACAGCCUACAAAACAACGAGAAGGAAUUUUGCAACCAUGAAGAAGAAAAAAAUCAAGUAUGCUGAAAGUGCUCCCAGGUCAUCACCGGUUGAAGAUAUUCAAUCUGGGGAGAACAGCACCCUGGACUUUACAGAAUAUGAGAUUGAGCGUGACAAAGCAAUCAGAGUUAUACAGAGAUCAUGGAAGAAACAUGUUGAUACUCAAGUCUUCAAGUACUUCAAAGAACUUCUAAACUUCCACAACCAGGGACAGCCACAUAUUCUGCUGAAACAUGUCAAUCCCAGAGAGGCAGACAUUCUUGAUCCUGGGGCAGGGGUCUUUAUCCGUUUUAGAUUGGGUGGUAUCACCUUCCCACCAAGCAUCUACUAUAAGAUCUUCACUCAUCGGCCUAUAGUGGAUUUAUGUGCUAGCAGUCCCAAAGAUUACACCCACGAGGCCCAGAGACGACCUGUUCCUCGGCAGAGACAUAACCACCUCCCAGUCGUCCAAGAUGACAGGUCAAGCUGGUACAAGCGUGUGGAAAAUAAUGGAUGGAGAGUGCUGGUAGGCAAGAUUAGUCAUUUCGGUGAUACAAUCACACAAGAUACCAGUGCAAAGAAGUUCGAGUACAAACAUACCAAACUACUGAGACGGCAAGAUGUUGAAAAGCGAAAGAAGUUAAGGAAGAUUGAGUGGUUUAAAAAAAUGUAUGAGGACGGGGUCCUGCGUGCGUGGACGGGGCACCAAGAGACGGCCCUGCUGGUGGAGAAGUCUACUUUUGGCAUGAUGUGUGCAGUGGAGCAGCUGGGAGUAGAUCACGUAGCCGAGUGGGAAGUGGACGAGCUGCUGGAGUGGACGAACGCACUCAACUUUGACGAGUAUAUCAAUGGAUGGAAGACAAUAGGCAGUAGCCAGUCAUCUGAAUAUGUGAAAGAUGUGGGACUGUUGAAGUCCAGAUGCAACCCCUGUGAAGCUUCCCAGCUCACUCAGGAGAACAGCCAGUUUGUAACCAACAGCAGCGUCCUUCACCCCCAAAUAUCAAACAUAAUCAAGUCUGAACAUUCAUCAGCUGGCGUCCGAAUGCCAUAUGGGAACUCAAGCUCCGGACGCUACUGUAUCAACAACUGAGCAUUACUGUGACCGCAUAAAAGGAAUUAAAGAAGUAGU